AUGACGACAAUGCUUAACCCCAGUGAGCACCCACACCGUCGAUGGAACCCUUUGCUUCGUAGUUACGUGAUCUGCUCACCUCAUCGUACCCAACGUCCAUGGCAGGGCGCUCAGGAGCGUGUAAGCGGCAACGAUCUGCCUGCAUACGACUCGUCGUGUUACCUGUGUCCUGGUAAUACACGUGCUACAGGUGCUACAAACGAGGCGUAUACAUCGACAUUUAUCUUCGAGAACGAUUUUGCCGCGCUCAAAGAUAUCGAAGUCGAAUCUCAGGGUUCCCAAAACUCGACGGAUGUUGUGGAAGCUGAUCUUUUUCGCAUGGAGCCCAGCCGCGGCAAAUGUUAUGUUCUAUGCUUCCAUCCCAACCACAACUUGACACUCGCUCAUCUCACUACGCUUCCCUACUCAGCAGAGGAACAUAUUUUGCCGAUUGUUCGAGCAUGGAGUGACAUGUACCUACGCAUUCCUAAAGAGAAUCCUUUUGUCAAGUAUAUCCAGUUUUUCGAGAAUAAGGGCAGCGCUAUGGGUUGCAGCAAUCCACACCCACAUGGCCAAAUUUGGGCCUUGGAUCAUAUCCCAUGUGAACCUUUGACGGAGCUGGAAAGUAUGCGGGCCUUUGCCCUUGAUACCAAGCAUAGCAAUGCUCAGGGCCCUCGCGAUCCUUGGGGUCGACCUAGUCUGCUGUUGGAAUAUGUGCACUUGGAGCUUAAGAAAGAGGGGCGACCACGCAUUGUCUGUAUGAACAAUGAUUUCGUGGCGCUAGUACCUUUCUGGGCUGUCUGGCCCUUCGAAAUCAUGGUGCUUCCAUACAAGCGUUUCAUUGCUUCAGUGGCUGUGCUGAAUGAGAGUGAGGCACUAAAUCUCGCUCAUAUCCUAGGAGAAGUGGCGUGCCGAUUUGACAAUCUCUUCCAGACUUCUUUCCCUUAUUCUAUGGGUCUGCACCAAAGACCAAUCCCUGCCAAGUCAGAACCAACGGGCGAGGAUUUGUCCGACUUUGCUGUGCUGCACAUCCACUUUUAUCCUCCUCUUCUACGCAGUGCAACUGUGAGGAAAUUCCUUGUUGGUUUUGAAAUGAUGGCUGAACCUCAACGUGACAUUACAGCGGAAAGCGCAGCCGAACGCCUUCGCGCAUGCCCAACUACGCAUUACCUUUCGUCAUAG